AUGGGGCCACGUGUCGGUGGCAGCUGGCGGAGCGAGGAUUCCCCGGGGGAUCCGGACUCGAAAACACGGUGGGGCAAUCAGUUGCCGGAUAUGCUAGUCGCUUACUAUCGCCACCACGGCGUUCAAAGCCUGAUGCUGGUCGUUUGUCACACGGACAUUGCGGAUUAUCGCCUUUGGACGCUGUGGCAGCACUUCAACCUCAACGAUUUCUAUGUGCAGGUCAGUACGGCGACCUCGCUAAGGGACCUGCGGCAUGUCGAUGUCCUGGAUGAGCAGAAGGACGCACCGCCGCCAAAGGGUUUCCAUGCCAACAACUCCAGCCACUGGGAGACGUCCUUUCUGCUGCCCCUGUUGCCCUAUAAAACGGGCAUCCUUCUGCUGGAAUUCAACAGCGAUUGUGCAUUAAAUCUACUUCGGUGGUCAGCUGCACCGGAGCACAACUACUUUACCACAAAUCGAUUUUGGCUGCUCCUUAGCGAAGAUCGGUCAGAUAUCGAUCUACUAGAGGAUCCAGAGAUAUUUAUUCCUCCGGACAGUGAAUUAAGGGUGCUCCACUAUGAAAAUGAUGACGGAAACUUUUCAUCCAGCUUGAUCGAUCUGUACAAGGUGGCUGCUUGGAAGCCCUUAAAGAUAAAGUUAAUCGGACACAACAUUCGAAAUAGGAGGCACAUAGUCCACGCACUGCAGCAUUUUGGAUCGGCCAUAACAUAUAGGCAAAAUCUCGAGGGAAUAGUUUUCAACUCGGCUAUAGUUAUUGCCUUUCCCGAUUUGUUUACAAACAUUGAAGAUCUAUCACUUAGACAUAUUGACACUAUUUCUAAGGUUAAUCAUCGCUUGAUGCUGGAGUUGGCCAAUCGCUUGAACAUAAGCUACAACACUUAUCAAACCGUCAACUAUGGUUGGCGUCAGCCGAAUGGAUCCUUCGAUGGUCUGAUGGGUCGCUUUCAGCGGUACGAACUGGACUUGGCCCAACUGGCGAUCUUCAUGAGACUGGAUCGCAUUGCUUUGGUUGACUUUGUGGCCGAAACGUAUCGGGUGAGAGCUGGGAUUAUGUUCCGGCAGCCACCACUUUCGGCAGUGGCCAAUAUAUUCGCCAUGCCCUUUGAGAACGAUGUGUGGGUUUCGAUUCUCAUGCUGCUGAUCAUAACGACCGUGGUUUUGGUUAUAGAACUGCUCUUUUCGCCACACACCCAUGACAUGGCCUACAUGGAUACCCUGAAUUUUGUGUGGGGCGCAAUGUGCCAGCAGGGAUUCUAUGUGGAGGUGCGCAAUCGAUCGGCCAGGAUCAUUGUCUUCACCACUUUCGUAGCCGCUCUCUUCUUGUUCACCUCUUUUUCGGCUAAUAUCGUGGCUCUGCUGCAAAGUCCAUCGGAUGCCAUUCGUUCGUUGACUGAUCUUGGUCAAUCUCCUCUGGAAAUCGGUGUUCAGGAUACCCAAUACAAUAAGAUAUACUUCACAGAGUCGACAGAUCCAGUGACCAAGAAUCUGUACCACAAGAAGAUAGCCUCCAAGGGAGAUAAUGUCUAUGUUCGGCCGAUUUUAGGAAUGGAAAGAAUGCGCACAGGGUUAUUUGCCUACCAGGUGGAAUUGCAAGCUGGCUACCAAAUCGUCAGCGACACCUUCAGUGAGCCAGAAAAGUGUGGACUGAUGGAACUUGAGCCAUUCCAGUUGCCCAUGCUGGCCAUUCCGACGAGGAAGAACUUUCCCUACAAGGAGCUCAUACGAAGGCAAUUACGCUGGCAGCGAGAAGUGAGCUUGGUGAAUCGCGAGGAGCGAAAGUGGAUCCCCCAGAAGCCCAAGUGCGAGGGUGGAGUGGGUGGCUUUGUCUCCAUAGGCAUCACCGAGUGCCGAUAUGCUUUGGGAAUCUUUGGCUGUGGAGCUGCCGCCAGCUUGGGCCUGUUCCUGUGCGAAUUCAUCUUCAAGCACUUUAAGCAAUUCUAUCGCAUCGUUAAAGGAUAUAGAGAGAUGCAGCGCUAG